AUGAAAACAAUUCAAAAUCCAACUCAAUAUUUCUUUGAGUAAUCAAACAAUCCUUCAAGCGAAUAUUUACCAAAAAUAAAUGAGUUCCUUAGUAAGUUGUUAAAUCAAAAGCAAUGUGUUUUAUGCAAGAAUGAUUAUAAUAUGAAGGAUAGAUUGCCACGAAUAUUGAUUCAUUGUGGUCACACAAUUUGCACUGCUUGUCUCACAAAUUUCUACAGGUAGUGAUUGUUUAUAUGGUAAAUGAUAGAAAUAGAAGAGUUAGAUGUCCACUCUGUUUAAAGUUAAUAAAGCAUCUCGAUUCUGUUGAUAGAUUACCUGUAUCACAUUGUAUCUGAUAUAUCUGUAGAUUAAUCAUUCGAUAUUCACAAGAAUGUCUAAUGACAUAAACAACAAGAGUAAAUUGCAUGGUGGCACAGAAGUGAUAGAUCCGUAACAAUACUUAUUCAAUUAAUUUUAAUAAUCAGCGUUAUAAUCAUAAAAGGCAAGACAACAAGAGUAAAACACUCAUCCUUAAGUUGAUUCCGACUCAGGAUUAGAGUUUUGUGAGUUCCACACUGACAGAGUGAAACACUUUUUUUGUAUGAAACACAAAGUUACAUGUUGCAGAAUUUGUUCUGAGAUGAUUCAUCAAAGGAAAGUAAUUGAAUAAUUUAAGUAGGAUUGCAUAGUGGUGGAUUUGUAUGAGAUCGAGGACGUGCCUCAGUUUUUGAAGGAGGCUUAUCAACUCAAUGAAGACAAUAAUAAUAAUCAGUAGAUGGAUUAAAGGAGAUAAGAUAUGGGUUUUAUUUAGGAUAGCGAGUAAAGUAAGAGUGUUGAAUAGUGUAGAUGCUGGGGAGAAUUAAUUUAAUGAUGAUGAUUUGGAAGAUGAAUUUGAGGACAACAGUGUUUAAAGUAUCUGA